GAAAAAGUGAUUCCCUAGGUAUAGUUGUUCCUAUUAUACAAAUUGAAAGUGACAAUUCAGGGAAGAAUAUAGAGGAAUGCGAAUUGCCACUUAAAAAUACUGAAAAUGAAACCAAAAGUUCUGAUGAACACUACAAAGUAAUAGAUAAUACCUCUCCGGAAUGCUCUGAGAUUCAAGUAAUAUCCAACGAAGUGGAAGAAGAAUCUGACAUACGACGUUCGAAGAGAAUAGCAAGCAAAAAUUCGCCAUAUAAUUUUUGUGCAUUAGAUUAUAUAUCAAACGAUCCUUGUUCAUUUGAAGAAGCAAUGUCGUCCAAUAACUCUGAUAAAUGGAAAGCAGCUAUGCAGAGUGAAAUUGACUCGCUUUUACGGAACAAGACAUGGAAACUUACUGAGUUGCCGGCUGAUAAAAAAGCAAUCCCAUCAAAAUGGGUUUUUAAAACUAAAUUAGAUGCUCAAGGUACUCCGGUUUGCAGAAAAGCCAGACUAGUUGCAAAAGGUUUCGGACAAAUAGAAGGCAUUGAGUACACAGAAACAUUUGCUCCGGUGGUAAGAUAUGAAUCAAUAAGGUUUCUAUUAGCGCUCGCCGCCAAAAAUGAUUUGAUUAUACACCAAAUGGAUGCUGUUACAGCAUAUUUGAAUGGAAUUCUCGAUGAAGAAAUAUACAUGAAACAGCCGAAGGGUUUUAACGAUAGCUCAGGCAAGUUGCAAUAG